AUGACAUCACGUGACAUCAGUCGUUUAGAGAGAGAAUUUGGAAGGCCAAACCAGUUAAGGCCUGCCACAGACGAGGUUGACCUCCACAAUAUCAACUGGGAUACCAUUUUUGUGUCUCCUUACCUCAUACAUUGGAUAUCUUACAUUGUUUCAGAUAACCUUGCCCUAAAUAGCCCUGUGUUUAUGAGCUCUGUAUUUGACGAUCCUGUCUAUGCCUACCAGCGCCUUGGUAACGGUAGUCUCGCAGUGAAUGGAGAAGUGAAAUCUGACAACACAGAGUGCUCAUGUACUCACCGUGACUUACGACCUUGGUUGACAGCAGAUCUAUUGGACUACUUCUUCGUCAGACGGGUCGUUUUCGUAAACAGAAAAACUUCAGAGGAUCGUCUGCAUGAUUUGAACGUGACUGUGGGAACAAACAACGUGACCUUCCCCUGUUUCUGUGGAUUCUUUAGCGGUCCUGGAACGUCUCAUCAGAAGGUGGACAUGGUGUGUGCAGAAAACUGUAGAGGGCGCUACGUACGUCUACAAAUUACCUCCCCUGUUCCGGAGUAUUUACAGCUAUGCGAAGUGGAAGUCUACAGUGAUUGCAAUAUCUAG